GGGCCCUUUCCUGUUUCGCCAUAGAGGGAUCUCAGCCCAGAGGCAGCUGCUGCUAACCAGUUUAAUCAGGGUCUGAAGGGGCAGAAUGAAGGGGGAACUAGAGGAAGACUUCCCCUUUGCCCUGUGCCAGCACCAGACAUGCCAGGGUCAGACAGAUGUGGGGGGUCCUGGUACUGCCCUAUCCCUUACCCCCAGCCUGGACCAACAGCAGGGCCAGGGUAGCCAGGUUUACUGGUCCUUUAAGGAAUUCCUUCCUGGGGCACAUGCUUCAAACUCUCAUUGUGCUAACUGGACACACUCUCCAAAGCCAGCCUCUGCUUUGCCCACCCUGCUGGCCUGCCCACAGCACCUGGACCUCUACACCUGCAACCUGAAGCCCAACCCCCUGGCUUCUGCCCUGGGAGGUCAGACUCUGAAACGCAAGACCUCAGGGCCAAUUCUGGGCUCCACUGCUGACCCUAAAACCACAGCCAAGAACCUUCUGGGCAAGAAGAAGGCAGAGGGUGAAUCUGGUGCCCUGGGCCCAGCCAUGGAGAUGGUCCAAAGGAGCCCCAGCCCUCCCGCUUCACAUCCAAACCCAGCUCCCAUCCCCCUCCACAUGAAGCUCCCAUUGAGUCCCCACCCCCUGUGCUCUUCCUUCCCCCUUCUCUUACCCAUUAAGCCCUUCCCCUCAAUGGAGACAUGCCUCUUUGCCUAUGGUCCCCACUACCCCCUCAUCUUUCUCCCAUCCCUGGCUGCCCCUUAUCCUGGCAGGGCUGACCAGCUGAUGCUUCCUGAUGGGCCAUACUCCCUUGGUGCCCACUCCUCUCUGCAGCUAGGGCUUUCAAAGACCCUCUCUUCACCCUUACCGGCUGGGCUGUGGCCCACAGCUGAGGCUAGGGAUGAGAGAUCUUCACCUCUCCAGUGCUUCUCGACAGGCUUGGACUCGAAGGCCAUUGCAGGCAAAGCUCGCAGGAUGCCCACCUUAGGCACCACAGUCCUGCCCUAUCUGCUGAAGAAAGAGAAUGGCAGCAUCUUGUACAAGUGUAAUAUUUGUGACAAGAGUUUCAGGCAGCUCUCCAAUCUCAAGGUCCACUUUCGGGUCCAUAGUGGAGAACGCCCCUUCCAAUGUCCCCUUUGUAAGAAGAGCUUCAUCCAGCUGGCCCACCUGCAGAAACACCAGCUGGUUCACUCAGGGGAGCGGCCCUACCAGUGCUCGGUUUGCCACAAAUGUUUCAGCAGCAGCAGCAGCCUCAAGACUCACCUCCGGUUGCACUCGGGAGCUCAGCCUUUCCUUUACAGGCUGGGCCCCAGGCAAGGCCACCAGCCCAUGGGGCACUAGCUGCACGGGCAUUCUGGCUAGACUGUCCCACGUCCUUGCUGCCUGCUGGUCCUGUGUCUGGGAGGUGACCGGACACUGGAGAGGAUGGCACCAACUGUUGUAGCCAGUGGGCAGUAGUAAGUAAGCCCACGAGUGCCGGGGAAGCCCUCUGAAUUUCAGGAUCACAACAGCCUGGAAGCAGCAGCUGGGGAAGAGGCAGACUGCUAAAGCACCUGUGGUGUAGCAGGCCAGGCCCUUCUGAGUUGGUCUGGAGGGCACGGAACCCCUGUGCACAAUCAAUCCUUCCUAGGGGCCAUGCUUUGAUGCUUUCUGACUGUAAGCCUCUAGUGGGGAAGUCCUGGGGAAGGAAUGUGCUAUAAAAAUGGCUGGUAGCUACUGAGGGCCCUAUGGGUUAGAUUCGACAACCUCAAAUAUCCCUCCCACCUCUGACAUCCUGUGUUCUAAGGGCCCUCCCAGCCCUGACAUCCUG